AAUAAAAAUGUUUCAUAUACGAUAUGUAGAAGAUCUUCAAUGGGUUAUUCAUUUCAUACAGAAACUGUAUAAGGCUCAUAUUAAAACAAAAUCUAAGGAAAGACUUGCAUUUUUCAGCAAUUUUGCAUUCGGCACCGAAGUUUUCUUUAAGGUCAUAACAACGCUAUACAUUUUAUCGGUGUUUACAUUUUUUCCGUAUCCCCUUUAUAUGUAUUAUUUUGAAAAUGAAGUGGUUACAAUUAUUCCGGUGUAUUUGCCAGGCGUGGAUGAAACUCAAUUGGCUGGCUAUAUUAUUUUGAGCUGUUAUCAAGUUCUAUUAUUUAUUUUGGCUACAUUUGGAGUAUUGGCAUGUGACUUUUUCAUGGCAAUCAUAAUUAUAAGCACGCUGAUUUUUGCAAAAUUAAUUUCACUUGAUAUGGCACAAAUAAACGACGAUCUAUUACAAAAGAAUUCAACGUUGACGGUGAAAUCACGACUCAGAAACAUUUUGCUAAUGCAUCAGGAAAUGACCAAGUACAUGAAACGUGUUGAAAAAUUGACAUUUAUAAUGUUUUUUGGACAAAUCGCUAGUUCAAGUAUUGGAUCGGUUAUCAUUUUUUACGUUAUUUUAACGCUUCAUUACUUGCCUGUUUAUGGUUUGCUGUUUGGGCUGUUGUUUCAGAUUUUCACCGCUUGCCUACUUGGUAACUUCGUCGAGCUAACCCAUGACCGGAUUUACAAAUCUGCUUUGUAUAUAAAUUUUAAUGAGCUAUCGCUAGAAGAUCAACGUAUAUAUCGUUUUUUUAUAAAGAAUUGUCAGAAACCAGCCCUACUUACAAUCGGUGCCAUGGCUCCUUUAAAUUUGGCAACAUGUGUUACGAUUUUCUCGAGAAUCUACUCGAUUACAAUGUUGAUUUUUACCAUGGUCGUCGAAUGAAUAAAUCAACCUUGAAUAAUCGGAUUCGCCUUGUUCAAGUGUAUAUUAUUCAAUGCUUUUCAGCUUUCAGUGGCAAUUACGCUUAAAUGCAGGUUAAAGGGCAACAAAAUCACAAGCUUUAUUCAAUGACGCAUUACCAAGAACAGAAAAUAGCACUCACGAUUGCUUAUAUGCAAGAGUUGUUUCUAUUAUAAAACUUAAAUCGCAUACAAUGCUUCUCUUUUUGCCGUCCAUUCUCACAGCCAUUUGGCAAUAAAUAAUCAAUUAUUAUUAUUGAA